AUGCUGGCGCGGGUAGCGCCCGAGCGGCAGCUGGUCUAUCAGCUGCAGCGCACGUCCCUUAUAUCCCCAAUCGUAGCCAAGGGAGCGAAGCUGAGGAUCACGGUGGUGGGAGGAAAGGGUCUGCCCAAGAUGGACAGGUUCGGGAAGGCGGACCCGUACGUCGUGCUCAACGUGGACGGGCAGAAGGCCAAGACUAGGAUCCUGAAGAAGACCCUGGACCCCGUGUGGGAGGAGACGUUCGACUUCUACAUCCGCAGCUUCGACUCCCAGAUCCUGGUGGAGUGCUUUGACUGGGACUUUGCGGACUCGCACGACUUCAUGGGCUGUGUGGAGGUGGAGAUGGGGUCGCUGCUGGAGGGGGACGUGGACGAG